UUAGACGCAAUAGAGAAAAAAUCUUGAAAAAAAAAGAGUCAAAUUUACAAAGCGGAACCUAUCAGCACCGCCGACUCCCGUCGCCAGGACGUGCAGCCUUUACUACGGCGCGGAAACAGGCGACGAGAUGUCUCAUAACCCUUCUCAGCUCCUUCCUUCAGAAUUGAUCGAUCGGUGCAUUGGUUCAAAGAUCUGGGUUAUUAUGAAGGGAGACAAGGAGCUCGUGGGAACCCUAAGAGGUUUCGAUGUCUAUGUCAACAUGGUUCUCGAGGACGUCACCGAAUAUGAAAUAACUGCUGAAGGGCGGAGGAUAACCAAACUUGACCAAAUAUUGUUGAAUGGAAACAACAUUGCCAUUCUUGUCCCUGGUGGUUCCCCUGACCCUGAAUGACCCGCAGCUUGCUUGGCACAGGCUUGCUUACAUUUUCUUGUUUGAUAAUCCUGUAGUGAUUUGUAGGACAGCCUAUUUACUUUUAGCUCAGGAAAUGAUGUCAAAAUCAGGAAGAUAUCCUGGCAAAAUUCAUGAAAAUAUAUUUUUCUUUGUUAUUUGGAGCUCCUGCAUCUCCCUGGUUGAUUUGUAGGUUAAUAUUUUCACCUAACCCUUAUUUAAAUUACUGCCUUUUUAUUUAUUGAUAAGUUAUCA